CAGGGCUGGGGAAUCGGAGCUCAGCGUCGAGCCCACGUGGGCUGGAGCCGGCUCGGCUGUGCAAGGGUUAAAUCCGGCUGCUCGCCCGGGUCUCGGGGGCCUCCCACUCGGCGGCUCAGAGUAUGAAUAGCUGCGCUCCCCUCUGCUCCCAGGCACUCGCUUCCCUCCCCGCCUUCCGCUGUGUCUCAGCGUUCUCCCCGCAUCCUCCUGGCCCGGCAGCGCCCAUGCUGAGCACCGAGAGUUUCGCGGGGGCGAGAGCCCUGGGAGAGGAAUCGCUGCAGAUGUGGGACCUCAACAAGCGCCUGGAGGCCUACCUGGCCCGCGUGAAGUUCCUGGAGGAGGAGAACGAGGUGCUGCGAGCCGAAAUCCAGAGCACCAAGAGCAGCCCGGCCGGGGACUCGUGGAGGGCGAAGUACGAGGAGGAGCUGCGAGCCCUGCGGGAUGCGCUGGACCUCGCCUUCAGGGAGAAGUGCACGGCCGAGCUGGCCAGGGACAACCUCUACGAGGAGGUCCAGCAGGUGAGAAGCAGGUGCCAGAAGGAGCAGGCGGCCCGAGAAGAAGCCAAGAAGCAGCUGUCCUUGAGCAGGAAGGAGCUGGAGGAGGAGAGGAGAGCGCAGAUCUGGCUGAAGGAGAGAGCCGUGCAGCUGGAGAAGGAGGUGGAAGCCUUGCUGGAGGUGCACGAGGAGGAGAAAGCGGGGCUGGACCAGGAGAUCGCCAGCUUCUCCCACAGCCUGGAGAGUUUCCGCUGCGCCCCGGUGGCUUUCCAGCCGGUGGAGGUGCAGGAUUACUCCAAGAGGCUCUCGGAGAUCUGGAAAGGGGCCGUGGAGACCUACAAGGCAGAGGUGGCGCAGCUGGAGGGUUCCCUGUGCCAGGCCAAGGAGAACCUGUGGAAGGCGGUGGAGGACAACCAGCAGAGCCAGCUGCAGCUGCAGCACCUGGAGAAGGAGCUGGCGGGGCUCAAGGCACGCAAGGAGAUGCUGGAGGAGAGCCUGGCCCGGCAGUGGCAGGAGCAGCGCGGGGAGGCAGAAAAGUUCCAGCUGGCGCUGGAGGCCCUGGAGCAGGAGCAGCAGAGCCUGCGGGUGCAGAUCGCCCGGGUGCUGGAGGACAGGCAGCAGCUCAUGCACCUCAAGAUGUCCCUGAGCCUGGAGGUGGCGACCUACAGGACGCUGCUGGAAGCAGAGAGCACCCGCCUGCAGAUGCCCGCAGGGGAAUUCAGGCUGGCCAAUGGUGUGCGAGAUGUCAAGCUGGAGGUGAGCAGCAGCAAAGCGCUGGCAGCGAGCCCCGAGGGCAGGCGGCUGCUGCUGCCCCGAGAGCCCCGGGCAGAGCUAAAAAAACCCCCGAGAGACCCCCUGACAGCCCAAAGCGCCAGGGAGCUCCAGAAAAUCGCCUCAGCUCUGCAUGGCAGGGCUGGGGGGCUGGGAGCCACCACACCCAGAGCCCCCCAGGUUGGCAGAGCCGACCCUCCGCUCUCCCCGGAGCCCCCCAGCCCCUCCCCGCCGCAGAGGGAGAGCUCUGGGGGAGACGGCCCCGCCUGGCCGGGAGGAGAUGAGGCAGCCAUGAGCCCGGAGAUGGAGUGUGCCCUGUCCAGAGCCUCGGGGGACAUCGGCAGUGCCAGCCUGCAGCCCCUGGGAGCCGCCCACAGGCUGCAGUACCCGGCCCAGCUGGUCAGCGAGGCGCUGGAGGAUGCCCUCAAGGCGAUGGAAGGCGAUGCUCAGCCCGGAGAGGAGCCCACAGCCAGCUCCGAGUGGGAUAUCCGUGCCCCCAGCCCCGUUUUCCCCCCCGAGGUUUGUGGAGAGCGGCCUGGGGAGGAGCCAGAGCCCUCGGAGGGCUCUGAGGAUGGGGAGAGCCCCGAGGAGGAGCAGAGGGCUGGGGAGGGGAUGCUCCAGGGGCUGGCUGCUGACAGCAGCGUCCUGCAGGGCACAGCCCCCUCCCCACAGGGCACGGCCGCUCCCCUGAGAGCCUCGGGGAGCCGGGAAGAGCUGGGAGCAUGGCAGGAGGAGGAGGAGGAGGAGGAAGAGGAGGAGGUACCUGCUGUGCUGAGCCCAGGGCAUCCAGAAAUGCAGGCCCAGGAGGGGGACAAGGAUCUCCCUGGACAGACAGAGAGCAGCUGGGAAAAGGCAGAGGAGGAGAGGGCAGAGAGCCCAAGCACAGAGCCAUCGCACCCCUCGGAGGAUGAGGAGGAGGAGAAGGGCGAUUUCCAGGAAGAAGGAACGGGUGUGCAACAAGAGGAGUGCCCACACAGAGAAGUGCAAGCUGCUGGUGGUGUCCUUGUGGAAAGCCACCCGGUGGUGCCCACAAAAGGUCACCUGGGAGAGGACUUUGCUGAUGCAGAGCAGGGAAGGUCUGAGCUGCAGGAAAUGCCCGUGUGUGAGAUGGAUCCGGCUGCAGAGAAGGAAAGGGAGCAGGAGCUGUGCCCAGAGCAGGAGCCCUCGAGUGCCCAUGAGGCCGUCCCAGCAGAGCAGGCUUCCACAGGAGCUGAAGAAGACGCUGUGGGACAGGAGGACACAGGCAGAGGGGAAAGUGCUGAGGGAGAAAGGGGAGAGGCCAGCAGGGAGGUGCUGGGAGGAGAGGACAACAUGGCAGGAGAGCACCUCACAGCAGGAGAGGACUCUGAGUCAGGAGAAGACCGUGAGGCAGGAGAAGACCAUGGGGCAGGAGAAGUCCAUGGGACAGGAGAAGACCAUGGUGUAGGAGAUCAUGGGGCAGAAGAUCAUCAUGGGGCAGGAGAAGAUCAUGAGACAGGGGAAGAUCACAGGGUAGGAGAAGACCAUGGGACAGGAGAAGACCAUGGGACAGGAGAAGACCAUGGGGUAGGAAAAGGCUCUGAGUCAGAAGUCCAUGGGGCAGGAGAGGACCCUGGGCCAGGAGAAGAUCAUGGGGCAGGAGAAGACCACGGGGCAGGAGAAGACCAUGAGGCAGGAGAGGAUCAUGAGGAAGGAGAAGAUCAUGAGACAGGAGAAGACCACGGGGCAGGAGAAGUCCAUGGGACAGGAGAAGUCCAUGGGGUAGAAAAAGACCAUGGGGUAGGAGAAGGCUCUGAGGCAGGAGAAGACCAUGAGGAAGGAGAAGAUCAUGAGACAGGAGAAGGCUCCCAGGCAGGAGAGGUCCCUGGGCCAGGAGAGGCUGUGGCGGGUGACACCCCGCAGGGGGACAGCAGAACCCCAGAGGAGCUGCAGGAAAGCCAGGGGGAGGAACAGGAGGAGCUGCAGCCAGGAGAGGAGCCCUGGGCACAGGAGGGUGGUGGCAGUGGCCAAGAGCCCUGUCCAGAGGACUGGGAGGUGACAGCAGGGGACACUGAGGGAGCGUUGGGGCCAGAAGAGGCAGCCUGGGCAGACGACACCCCGAGCAGUGCAGCAAGGCUGGAAAGCGAGGAGAGAGGUGGCACAGGGCCAGCAGAGCUGGAGGAGGCCCAGGAAGAUGAUGAAGAAGAUGCCAAGAGCCAGGAGAUGAGCCAGCAGCAGGCGCUGCCAGAGGCUGAGCCAGCAGCUGAGUGGGCACGGCAGGAGCAGCUGGGCAGCGUGGCACAGCCUCAGGCAGCCCCUCCAGGUGCCCCUGGGCAAGGGGACGGGCAGGAGCUGGAGCAGGGUCCAGAGGAGCCACGGGAGGGGCAGGAUGAGGACACUGCUGAGGGGCUCAGCCCAGAGCUGGGGGAGCUGGAGGGCUCAGAGCUGGCACUGGGGCAGGUGCCAGGUGACAGCAGCGAGUGGACAUUGGAAGAGACCCCCAGAGAUGCAGAGCCCACAGAGCUGGAGAGCUCAGAGCUGGCACUGGGGCAGGUGCCAGGUGACAGGGAUGAGUGGGCACUGGAGGAAACCCCGAAAAACCCAGAGUUGGGAGAGCUGGAGAGCUCAGAGUUGGCACUGGAGCAGGAGCCAGGUGACAGCAGCGAGUGGACAUUGGAAGAGACCCCCAGAGAUGCAGAGCCCACAGAGCUGGAGAGCUCAGAGCUGGCACUGGGGCAGGUGCCAGGUGACAGGGAUGAGUGGGCACUGGAGGAAACCCCAAAAAACCCAGAGCUGGGCGAGCUGGAGAGCUCAGAGCUGGUGGCACUGAGGCAGGAGCCAGGUGACAGCAGCGAGUGGGCACUGGAGGAAACCCCCAAAAACCCAGAGCUGGGAGAGCUGGAGAGCUCAGAGCUGGCACUGGGGCAGGUGCCAGAUGACAGCAGCGAGUGGGCACUGGAGGAAACCCCCAGAGACGCAGAGCCCACGGUGGGCACGGGCAGGAGGGUGGAGCUGGAGGACACACUGCCUGACAGCACACCCCUGCACCUCUACCAAGGAGGGACCCCAAACCCUCCAGAGAGCGAGGAGAGCACGGAGCCAGCCCCUGGGUGUGACACAGCCCAGGAGGGUGAAAGGAGGGACAAGCCACCAACCCCCAGCGUGCCAGAGAGCCCUGGAGAGGAGGCAGGGGCAGAGGGGGCUGAGGAGGAGGAAGGUUAUUUCAUGGUCUCUGCUCCCAGCCAAGAGGUGUCCAGCUCAGAGGAAGCUGAGAUCCCUGAGGACUUUGAAGAAAUUCAAGUGGAAGCAACUGAAGACAGCCAAGAUGAUCUGGGGGCUCCUGGAGAAGCGUCUCCAGUGCCAGAGGGCAAAGAGCACCUCGAGGUGCUUGCUGCAGAAGCAGAUGAGGAUAUGGAGGUGCCCACUGAAGAACCUGGGGUGCCAAAGGAUGAGGAGAGCACGGCUGAGCUGGAGGAAGGGCCAGGAGAAGAUCCCAGCUGUCUUGGGAUGACAGGACCAUCAUCAGGAGGUUCUGAUGAGGAAGGCCCAGAAGAUCCCAGCUGUCCCAGAGUAAUGGGACCAUCAUCAGGAGGUUCUGAUGAGGAAGGCCCAGAAGAUCCCAGCUGCCCAGGGGUGGUGGGACCAUCAUCAGGAGGUUCUGAUGAGGAAGGCCCAGAUGAUCCCAGCUGUCCCAGGGUGGUGGGACCAUCAUCAGGAGGUUCUGAUGAGGAAGGCCCAGAAGAUCCCAGCUGCCCAGGGGUGGUGGGACCAUCAUCAGGAGGUUCUGAUGAGGAAGGCCCAGAGGAUCCCAGCUGUCCCAGGGUGGUGGGACCAUCAUCAGGAGGUUCUGAAGAGCCAGCCCAGGGUGCCACGGGCGCUGCAGCGUGGCAGGGAGCAGAGCACCCAGAAGGUCUGGCUGCUGAGGCAGAUGAGGAGCUUCACAACACAACCGAGCUGCAGAGGGGUGCCAGUGGAGCAGGACCCCUCCCAGGCUGCUCGCUGGGGCUGGCAGGGCAGCAGGAGGAGGAAGAGGAAGAUGAGGAUGAGCCCAGCACAGCUCUCCAUGACACAACCAAGGGCACAGCAGAGCUCCAGGCCCAGGCAGUGCCUGGUGAGGCAGAGCAGCCUCUGCAAGAGCAGCCACCCACAGAGGAGGAGGAGGAGGAAGCUCUGGGCAGUGGGAGCCUUCCUCCAGCCGGGAAUGAACCUCAGCUGGGCUCUGCCCCGGGGCAGGGAGCUUCUCCAGAGGUGAUUCCAGCCGUCCCUGACGCUGCUGCUCUCCCUGCACAGGUGCCAGUGGAUGUCAUGAAGGACUCGGGGAUUUUGGAAAUAGUUGAGCAGGCCCUGGAGUUCAGCCAGGAGCUGCUGGGGGGGAGGCUGGCAGAGGGUGGGCAGGGUCCUGGCAGGGCUGAGCCCUCCGGGCAUGCAGGGGAAGACUCCUCCCUCACCUCAUCCAGCGAGGAGGAGCCAACGGUGCAGGAGGUACCGGAGAUGGAGAUGGAGGAGGUGGAGGGAGUGCUCCGGGCUGAGAACGGGCUGCACCGGGAGGCCAGCCUGGAAGAGCUGCCUGAAUUCACCGAGGAGAUGCUGAACGGCACCAGCAGCACAGCCCUGGCACAGGAGCUGCUCACAGAGCCCACAGAGCCCUCGGGGGUGAUGCCAACCCCUGGAGAUGGCACGGCCACCAAGCUGGGGGAUGGCACCCUGAGGGGCAAGCAGCUGAGCCCCGUGGCCCCUGCUCUGGGGGAGGAUGUCCUGUGCCCCACAGCCCAGCAGGCAGCAGCGUGUGGGCUGAGGGCUGAGCAGCAGCCCUGGUCCUCAGGGGACGAGUGACAGCAGCCAGGGGCAGCCCCUUCCUGCCAAAACCCUGUACCUCCCCUUGUCCCACCCCCCUCUAAUGAUUCCUCAUCUCCCUGUGGUUUUUAACAUGUUUGUGUGGAUUUUUUGCACCCCUUUUCAGAGUGAAGAACCACCAAGUUCCGUUGCACCCCCACAGCCCACCCAAACUCUCGUGCUUGCUCUGGGACCCCCGUCCAUUCUGAGCUUCCUCUUGGGUGGGUGUAUUUAAUUUAAACUCCGUGUUUCCCCAUUCCCUGCAAUCUUCCCCCUCCAACUCCCCCAGUUUUUUGCCCCAGGACGUCCAGCUGGAGGGGAGGGACCCCCCCAAAGUGCACCCUGGGACUCAGCAUUUUGGGGGACAUCAGCCCCAGGCUGACACUGGGGGCUGAGCCACGCUGGAUGUACCCACUGCCUCAUUAAUUUAAUAAAGCCUCAUCCUCCCACUCA